AUGAUGGCAGAUUCCCACGGUCUCCUACCGCCACGUCGCCUUGCGAUUCUCAACUCGCUUACACCAACUCUCCCUCUCUCCGCCAUGGCCUCUCGUAUUUCUAUCGCUCGUCCAGCCUCUGGAGGCUACCAACCAAGUUAUCAACCCGACCCCCAUGGUUUUGGGUCGUCAGGAUCAUCGUCAGGUUUCAGGGCAGCCAACCCCGAUGAUCCCCUAGAAAAGCUCCGCAACUUCGCCCGCCAGGUUGAAGACAAUGUCGAAAUUUACACUCAACCAUUGAAGCCACAUCUACCUGCAAUUGGUAGAUUCUUGAUUGUGGUCACCUUCCUCGAGGACUCAUGGAGAAUUACAACACAAUGGGGUGAUCAGCUUUGGUAUUUGCAGAGACAUCGACACUUUCCUUGGGGCUUGUCCCACCUAUUCUUGGCCGUCAAUGUCCUCACCAUGCUUAUUGGUUCCGGUGCGGUCAUCACGAAGAGAUACUCAGAAUACGCUGUCGGCGGCCUUCUCGGUGUGGUCAUCUUUCAGGCAUUCGGUUAUGGUCUUAUCUUCGACCUCAACUUCUUCCUCCGCAACCUGAGUGUGAUCGGUGGCCUGCUGAUGGUAUUUACGGAUUCCAUGUAUACACGCAAGAAAAUAUUCGCCGGUCUCCCCUCGAUUAGUGAAACGGACCGGAAGAAAUAUUUCUUGCUGGCCGGUCGUGUCCUCCUGAUCUUCCUUUUCAUUGGCUUCAUGAUUCGAGGAGAAUGGAGUUGGUCCCGUGCAUUCGUCUCCGUUAUUGGUCUUGCGGCAUGCAGUAUGGUUGCCGUCGGCUUCAAAGCCAAGUGGUCCGCUGCUUUCCUCGUCCUCACGCUCAGUAUCUUCAACGUGUUCAUCAAUAACUGGUGGAGUGUACAUAGUGCGCACCCACAACGGGAUUUCCUCAAAUACGACUUCUUCCAGACGCUAUCCAUCGUCGGAGGACUGAUCCUCCUCGUAAACAUGGGACCUGGUGGUCUUUCGGUUGAUGAGAAAAAGAAGACGUACUGAGUUGCCUGACCAUGGUUGUGCGUGUACACGGCGAUGGGUUCGUGGAGCUGCGUGGCGCGAGCAUGGGAAGGGGUGUAUGUGAAGCUCCUGAACCACUACACUAUUCAGGGGCGUGUAUGAGGCCAGGCUGGGAUUCUUUGUCAUUAUAUAUCUUCCUCUGGUCAUGAAAUGUACCGCUUUCCCUCACGUCUGUGAAACGGCGAUUGGGUACGCGAUGCUUCAUUACGACAGAUCAUCAUGGAAGCUCAAAACUACUGUAUACAUGCACAUACAUCUUGUUAUGUAUGAGAUUCCGAUGUUACUAUUUAUUACU